AUGUUUUCCAACUUCAACAUCACCAAUAUUUUGUUUGUGCUAUUAAUUAUUUCAGCACUACCAUAUGAUAAUAUUCGCCAAACAAUCUUAAAUUUCAAAAUAAUCCAAAAUAUUUUAUCUGAAUAUGUAAAUUGUCAUUAUAUUAUUUUUGCAUGCCUAUUUAUUCUUUGGCGCAAAAUCAAUUCAGCUUCCCAUGCUGAAACAAAAAAAAUUGAAGCUAUAUUGGCUCUUAAUAACGAAAUACGUAACAACAUUAACAGAAUAUAUGAAACGUCUCAAGCUGAAAGUGAAAGAAUUGAAAGAACUAUAACGGAUCUUAAUAGUAACAUUAAUAGAAUACGUGAAACAUCUCAAGCUGAAAAUGAAAGAACUGAAAGAGCUAUAACGGAUCUUAAUAACAACAUUAAUAGGUUACGUGAAACAUCACAAACUGAAAAUGAAAGAACCGAAAGAAAUAUAUCGAAUCUUAGUAAUAAUAUUAAUAGAAUGCAUGAAACUUCACAAGCUGAAAAUGAGAGAAUCGAAAGAACUAUAUCAAAUCUCAGUAACAAUAUUAAUAGAAUACGUGAUACCUUCCAAACAGAAAAUGAAAGAAUAGAAAGAACUAUAUCGAAUCUUAGUAACAACAUUGACAGCAUGCGAGAAACAUCCCAAGCAGUACAUGAAAGAAUCGAAAGAGUUAUAUUGGAUCUUAGUAACGAAAUUGAUGAAAUACAUGAAGUCGACAUAUCUCAAGCAGGUCUAAAUCCAUUUAAUACCUUUUCAACCACAAAUCGUACAGGCACAAGACAAUACUCCGAUUAUUCUAAUAGAGAAACGUUUUGGAAUGUAUUUAAAUCCCUCGUUAAUCAAAGAAUAGCGAGGGAAAGCCGAUCUCUCAAUUCAAUGUUUAAUGAAAUAGCCUCGAAUGUUAAUAUUUCUAGAAGCACUGUAUAUAACUUUUAUCAUCGUCGAACAAAUCCGCGAGAAACUACAACAAACGAAAUUUUGAGAUGGGUCAAUGGAGAAGCAGGAAGAAAUAAUAAUUUAAAUGAUAAUUACCUCCAAAAUUCUUCGUGGGCUCUAGCAA